AUGAACUACGAGGCUGAGCAGCCCGGGGCAAACGACGACGCAAGCGGUGUUGCAGUUGCUCUGGAGCUGGCCCGGGUUCUGGCGAAGAGAAAGCCCGCCGCUACCAUUGUGUUUGCUGCCGUGGCGGGCGAGGAACAGGGGCUCCUGGGCGCCCAGUUCAUGGCACAAACUUUCAAAAAUGCAAGUGUCAAUGUUGAAGGCAUGCUCAACGUCGACCUCGUCGGCAGCUCGGUCGGGUCUCGCGGCGAGAAGGAGCCCAACACAGUUCGCCUGUUCUGCCAGGGUCCUCCCUUGACCGAGACUCCCGCGCAAGCAUCCCAGCGCCUGAGCAUUGGCGGCGAGAACGACUCUCCGGCACGCCAGCUGGGGCGUUUCAUCACCGAGGUAGCAGCCAACAAGUUCACCGACAUGAGGGUCGCCAUGAUCUACCGACUUGAUCGAUUCCUGCGCGGAGGCGACCACCGACCGUUCCUCGAGGCAGGCUACGCGGCUGUGCGUUUCACCGAGCCCAACGAGAACUUCGACCAUCAGCACCAGGAUACGCGGGUGGAAGACGGCGUGCAGUACGGCGACUUGCCCGAGUUUCUCGACUAUGAGUAUAUUGCGCGCGUGGCCAAGGUUGACCUGGCGGCCAUGUGGUCUCUGGCAAACGCACCUGCCAAGGUGAACAAUGUCAGGGUGAAUGGGACGUGGCUCUCCAACGACAGCCAGCUAUUCUGGGAUCCGGUCAAUUCGACAAACCUCGCGGGCUACGAGGUCGUGUGGCGACCAACAGAUGCGCCGCUGUGGACGCAUGCCCUUUUUGUUGGCGACGUGCGCACGGCGACUGUCGAGUUGUCAAAGGACAAUGUCAUCUUCGGAGUGCGGUCGGUGGGCAAGAAUGGGUACAAGAGUCCUGUGACGAUUCCCUUCCCGACGUGA